UGGUGCUAUAAAUGGACAAAGUUUAACACAGUCAAGCUGCCAAUUCCUCUGCUGUUGCAAAGAGGAAAAGGGGAAGAAGAGAUAUGACGGAAUACGAUGAUCGCAGCUGUGCGUCAAAUAUGUAUUUACCGAGCUGUACUUAUUACGUUUCGACGCCCGAUUUUACAUCAGUCUCCUCCUUUUUACCGCAGACUACUUCGUGUCAGAUUAAUUUCCCCUAUUCUCCCAAUAUAGCCCAAAUCCAACCUGUCCGAGAAGUCUCUUUUAGGGAUUAUGGACUGGACCAUCCCAGCAAAUGGCACUACAGGGGCAAUUACGCGUCUUACUACUCAACGGACGAGAUAAUGCACCGGGACUUGAUCCAGUCCUCCAGCAGCAGGGCUGAUGUGAUACUCAAAAACGAGUCGUUGUACGGCCACCACGGGGGGACGAGCUCGCCGUGCAAUUUCUUCCCCGGUGUCGGCCGAAAUGGGGUUCUCCCACAGGGCUUUGACCAGUUUUUGGACAAUCCUAACUCGGACAAGCCCAACGCGGAGCUCCCCAAACAAAAGACAGACUCUGCUGCUCCCGCAGAUGCUGCGAAGAACAAUCAGGCUUUGACAAAACUAGAGCAGCACAAAGCUGACGCGAGCGCCGACGAGGACUCAUCCUCCAACUGCGGCGACAAGAGCAACAACCAACAGAGUUCAUCAACCAAGUCCAGGAAGAAGAGGUGUCCUUACACCAAAUACCAGAUCCGAGAACUUGAACGAGAGUUUUUCUUCAACGUGUACAUUAACAAAGAGAAGCGACUUCAGCUGUCCAGGAUGUUAAAUCUGUCCGAUCGGCAGGUGAAGAUUUGGUUUCAGAACAGAAGAAUGAAAGAGAAAAAGCUGAACCGCGACCGCCUUCAGUAUUUUACUGGGAAUCCUUUAUUCUAAAACCUGACAUUACACACACACACAUGUUAAAGACUGGUCUCCUGCAUAUUUGAAUCCUCGUAAUCCCGUCUAAAAAGUCCAUUUUGCAGAUGCCAUAUUUUUUACAAACAAUUUCUGCAUCUAUUUAUUGGUGUUUACAUAUUUGUUUGCGUUAUUGUCAAAUAUUCCAGCAAAGCGUGAGCUGUGCUUUGAAAUUAUUUAUAUGAAACAUAUGUAGGCUUUUUCCUUGUGUAGGCCUACUGUCCAUUCAUACGACGCAUGUAAUGCACGUUGUGCUGUGAAAUAAAGUAGACACGACACAUGGUGUAUGAUAGUCACAAAGCUUGUAACGUGAACUUAUCCCAACCCAACAAAAACAACACGAGAAAAGGCUUUGUCUUCUUCUAAAGAUUCAUCAGUGGAGAAAUGUGGCGCUCGUGGGCCUGUAUAAAACCGUUAUUUCCUCUGCUUUCAAACAGUGGAUUGUUUACUAAACCUUGAACCGUCUAGACAGUAUAAUAAACGUAGCUGUAAAUGUUUAAAUAGGGGGCUAUUGAACGUGUCCCAGCCCAACCCCCACACCAAAGUAGUUUCACUCCAGCUACAAAUGUUUGGAGAAAUCAAGAGAUUUCUGCGCAUCCCGUCCAUAUUUAGCUCCUUUCGACAUGUUGGGACACUUGUAAUGGUUAUUGUUAGCUGGGAUACAAUGAUGAUAUUCUAAAAAAGACCGUCAUAAAGUUUAAGUAACAUUUUAUUUGUAUCUGCUUUUCUCAUUAGGCGAAAUUUGGCCUU